UCCAAGAGCACGAGGUAGGAACUUUAUUGUCCUGCCCGUCGAUGGCGGGAUCGUGCUUGUUCUGCCAGAUCGCGAGGUCUGCGACUUCCACCCGCCUUCUCUACGCUGACGAGAGGGUCGUCGCCUUCCCCGACAUCAACCCCUCCGCCUUCAGGCAUUAUCUAGUUAUUCCUGUUGAACACGUGGCAACUGUGAAUGACCUCAAGAGGGGCGUUGAUGACCAUCAGUUAGUCAGUCACAUGUUAAAUGUUGGGCAAAAUCUCCUGAGUAGAGAUGCACCUGAGUCUAAGCUAUACAGAUUUGGUUUUCAUCAGCCACCAUUUAACAGUGUCGACCAUCUUCAUCUUCACUGUUUUGCUCUACCUUACAUACCAAGUUUUAACAGAUGGAAACAUAUGAAAUAUAUUUCUUUGGGAUCUAUUGGGUUCAUUGAAGCUGAGAAGUUGUUGGAAAGGAUAAAGCCAUUGGAACCAAUUGGAUCAUAGAAUUUCGUCACAGCCCCAUGCAGCAUGAGAUUUUUUCUUAAUCUACUAGUUCGUUGCCUGGAAUGUCUUUUGUCAUUCUUAUUUAUUUGUGCUCACAAUAUCUACUGUUUGUUGCUUGAUUUAUUUCCUGGAUUGCAUAGACUCUGUAAGUAUGAAACUGAGCUGAUAAUCAACUUCGAGGUCAUGCAGCAUGUCAUGGUGCACCUAGUAUACAUCUUGCUCUAUGCAAUUUGGUUUUACAGAAUGUAGGUUGGUUUCUAACCCAUAUAGUUUUGAUAACGAUGUUUCCAAACUGUGCUUAGCAUUCACCAAAUGGAGCAAAAUGUAGAGUAGGUCAAUAGUCAGAGAGGAAGGAAUAGCAUGUCUUGGCCCUGUCCCAUAUGAUCUUAUCAGAAUCAUUGAAGAAUGAAACUCAGCGGCAGGAUUAGAUGAGGCAUUUAGAUGAUAACUUAAAAGUAUGAGUGUGGUCAUGGUGGUGGUUAUUUUUUAAAAUUUCACUUAUGUGAUAAAGGUUCAAAAGUUUUAGAGUGAAUAAAAGUUGCACAAAUAUAAGCUUCCAAUGAGUGAACAACCUUGAUGUUGCAGAUUUGCCUUUGUUAUUGCAAUGAGUUGACUAGCUUAAGGCGGCAAUGUCUGUGUUCAUCAAUUAAACUUUUUAAGUACACCCAAAAAUUUGAAUUUUCAAUGAAUUAAUGUUUGCGGAACAUCUACAGUAGGUGUUUAUGGGCAGCAUGUUCUUGGUCUCUCACUGAUAUAUUUGAUAUCAUUAUUGAUAUCAUUCUUGCCUUUGAAUUUUGCACUCUAGUUAAUUGAAAUUUUCAGUUCAUAUGCCGCUUCUCUAUCAAUUCUUUGUAAGUCUUGCUUGUAUUUUUAUGCGAUUGCUGAUUGGCCCCUUUAUAGUUUCCCUCUAUGAUUCAUAUUGUCUUUUUUCACCUUUAUGCUCUAAGAUGCUUCUAUCCAGAUUAUUAUUCUGUCGGUAUUUAGUGUCUUCAUUUUGCUUCCGUUUCCCAAUCUAAAUUUGAUUUAUGUAUUAUUUGACCCAUCUUCCACGCGAAGACUGAAAGUGUUGUGUACUGUUUUCCAUUCAAUCAUUCGCUGAAUAGACUUUCUGCUUUUUUGGCAUUGAAUUAUUAAUUUGACAAUACAUGUCAACUAGAGCAUUAGGUACAACAAACCUUUAUGGUUUACUGUCCUUUAUGGUUGACGCUAAGCAAACUAGCAGCUCUAGAGCCAUGUCAGUUAGUAAGACAGCCACCCUUGGAUAAGAUGAUUGUCUUUUGUUUUCUAGGAGACGCAAGUGGUUGUUAAAUCGAUCAGGUUAAAAAAAAAAAAUUAAAACUUAUUGUUUAAGGCUUAUUCCAAAUCUGUGUUUAUUCCCAUUGAUGAAGUUGAUUCCUUAUCCAUUAUUAUUCUAGAAUGAUGUCAAUGAGAUGAUCAUUUUUUUCUUCAACAGAAAAAUACUUUGACAGCUUGAUGCCUUCUUCAGAGGGCUGUUUCUUCAUGAUGGUGGUGGUUAUCUUUUAUUUAUUUAUCAUGGUCCACUAUAAAAUUAAUUAUUAAGGUGGCGUUAGAAUAGUUCAUUUUUUAUGAUUAUAAUGGUUACAGUGAUAACAAUGAUGUUGCUGAUUGUUUGUAAAUUGGUCAUGAGUGGUGGCUGGUGAGUAAUUCAUGACUAUAUAUAUUUCGGAAUGAUAGUUUCUCGCCCAAUAGGAGAAAAGGGACACACUAAAAUUAUAUUAAAUUCUGUGUAGAACAAGGAGAAUAUGGUGCAAAAUUAAGAUAACAACGGAAUUAUAUUAGAAUAUAUAUAUAUAUAUAUAUAUAUAUAUAUUUGCUUUUGUCUUGGAACUUGUUGAAAUGUGGUAUAGUCCCUAAGUAAAACAUGGAUAGAAUAUAUAAAGAAUUUAGAAACCAAGAGAUGAUAAAUUGCAGAGACUGAUGAAAGGAAGUUUUUCGCCCUAUUCUUAUGAUGAAAUGAUGGUUGUAAACAUACAUCUCAACUAGUAUACUACAAAUGAGACAUGACCACUGAUAAAUAUAGGUAUCCUUUCUUCUUAUGAUGAAUUGACAUUUAUAUUACAUGCAUAUCAAUUAAUAUACUAGAGAUGAGCUAUUAGUAAGUAGUGAUCAACAUGCAAGGUAACAGGAGAAAAGGAAGGCAGUGAAGCAGACCACGGGAAUUGAGGCACUAUGAGGGAAUUUUAGAAUAGAAUACAAAGGGCCAUGGCUAGCUGUCUGGAUUUCAACCCGCCACCAAAGGCCCUGACUCUCUCUUUGUCUGUUGUGGGUGUAGGUGGUGAGAGGACCGUGCUUGACCAGAACAACGCCGACAUUACGGACAGCUGUUCUCACUACUGCUGCCAUGGAACCACUCAAAAAGCUGCACUGUACGUAUCUAAAUUUCCCUUCUCUCACUCCCUCUACGCCAUUCCUACUCUUGUCUCUAUUCCAAUCUUUGUCCAUAAUCUUAUGCUCGAAUCUUUUGGGCUCUUUUUAUUUUCCGUACUGCCAGAUUGGCACGGAAAGCAAUGCAAUUGGAGCUUAUCUAUGCUCUCUUUAGUCUUU